UUAACUCAUGUGCAAAACAGUUAUCAAAUAUUAGUACAUAAUUCUUAACGCCGUAUAUGCAAUAUAAAUCCAAUGUGCCUAAAAUAAUACGCGACUGAGAAGAAAGGAAAUAUGUACGUGUCAAGGACGAUGUGUAUCGGAAUGUAAACAAAUAAACCAGGUCAAGGGAGACCAUCGAACUAUUAUGAUACAGUUUCGAUUGGAGUUUAUAAAUUAACAUGCCUCGUCCAUGUUUCGGACAUCUUUUGCAACAUGUUAGAAAGUGUGCUUUGUGUUCAAACAACGGACACGGAAGUCGCCUUUGUCGACGACAAUACUUGGCCAAGCCCCGCUUGUAUUCAACAACAGUUGACGAGAAGGAUGUGCCCCUAAAUCGGGUCAGGGUCCUUGACCUUAGCAGGGUCCUCGCUGGCCCCUAUUGCUCAAUGCUGUUAGGGGAUUUAGGAGCGGAAGUGAUAAAAAUAGAAAAGCCGGGAGUUGGUGACGAUACACGUUCCUGGGGCCCGCCAUUCUGCGGUACGGAGAGCGCCUACUUCCUGUCCGUGAACCGGAACAAGAAGAGCAUCUGCGUAGAUUUAAAACGGCCCGAAGGUCAAGAUAUUAUUAAAGAGCUGGCAAAGAAGAGCGAUGUUCUCAUAGAGAACUUUGUCCCCGGGAAGCUAACAGACAUGGGGCUGGGGUUUGAACAGAUGAGUCGGAUUGCGCCUCAUCUCGUGUAUUGCUCAAUCACGGGUUACGGACAUGGAGGCCCGGACGCGUCAAGACCCGGUUAUGACGUUAUCGUCGCUGCCACAGCGGGAUUGACGCACAUAACGGGACCGGAAGACGGUGAGCCAUGUAAGGUGGGUGUGGCCAUGACGGAUCUGUCCACGGGGCUGUACGCGCACGGAGCCAUCCUAGCCGCGCUACUGCACCGCCGGAAAACUGGCAGAGGCCAGCACAUUGAUUGCAACCUACUGUCUACCCAGGUAGCUUCGUUAGUGAAUAUCGCCAGUAACUUCCUCAAUGCUGGUCAGGAAGCGAAGAGAUGGGGUACCGCCCACGCCAGUAUUGUCCCGUAUCAGGCGUUCAAAACUUCUGACGGGUAUGUUUUGGUGGGAGCCGGCAAUGACGGACAGUUUGUGGACCUUUGUAAGCGCGUCGGUUUGGAGGAGCUUACAUCUGUACCAGACUACAAAACAAACCAGAAGCGGGUAGAAAACCGUGUGAAGCUAGUCGCCAUAUUUUCAGACAAGUUUAGAAGUAAAUCAACAUCAGAGUGGCUUGACACCUUGCGUGGCUCCCAUUGUCCAUACGGACCUAUUAACAAUAUGGCACAGGUCUUUUCUGAUCCUCAGGUGGUAAAUAAUGAGCUGCUACAGGAGAUGACUCACCCUACGGCCGGGACAGUGCGCGUGGCGGGUCCAGCGGUACGGUAUAGCGAGACCCCUACUGUGUUGAAACACCCCCCUCCCACCCUGGGGCAACACACGCGCGAGGUGCUGCAGUCGCUAUUGAGCCUCAGUGACGAAGAAGUGAUUGCGUUAAAGAUCGACGGUGUCGUGGCGUGAACAUCCGGCCCCGCGACUUUUUAAAGUGGAUUGUCAUAACCGCGCAUGUUUUCAUAUUGUUAAAAGCUCAACAAAUACGAGAUUUUUUAAUUGGUCAAUAGUUGAUGAAACUAUUUAAACUUAAAAGUUGAGCAUUUGUAAAAAUUGAUUACUGUAUUUUGUUUGUAUUCAUGCAUGAUAGGUGUGUUCAGAAGAAACAUAAUUUGAAAAGUAUUUUGUCCAAACCACAGUUGCUAUGUUUUCUAAAUUGAUACGUUAUAUAGUUGCUUGUAUAUAACAGGACAUAAUAGACCUAUAAUUUUAUCAAAUAUAACAAUUUUAUAAUUAACUUCCUAAUGUGUGGCGCACAUGUUAUAGGAAUUUAAUUAAAUGCAAUUGUUAUGAAAUGGAAUUUUAUAAAAUAUUAUUAACUGCCUUUUGAGUUAUUGUUUUCUUGUUUGCAUGUAUUCGCACUGAACUAUUUGCUCAUUGUAUUUGCUACUCAUUUAAUUUUGUUUAAAAAACUAAUGAUAAUUUGAUGUUAUAUUCGUAUACAUGUUCUAGUAUACAAAAAUAAUUGAGGUCCGUCCGUUUCGAAGCUUUAUUUCAGGCUCAUUCGGCCCUAAUAUCAGGCUUAUUCUGCCCAAGUACCAGGCUUUUUCGGCCCCAUUUAUAAUUUGGAUACAUCGUUGUAAAUAUGUUGGUCGAUUAUCUUUAUAACCAGGGGAAACUGUUAACUACCGUAUUAUAUGAUCUUUAUUAAAGUUAAUUCCAUUUGAAAAA